AUGGAAUCUUCUUCAUCUCCAAGAACGUCUUCAGUGCUUCCAAACAAAAAAUCUAACAUGAAUCACGACGGAAAGGCUCGGCCCACCGGAGCACCGCCACCACUUCCGGCAGCUUCAUCCCUUCCGACGUCAUCCCCUUUGCCAUCAAGCAGUAUUCCUUCUCCACCCGGACCCCCACCUCCAUCGCUCGCCAAGCCAUCUGAAGAUCCAUUGAAAUGUCUGAAAGCUCGAAAGAAAGGAAGGACAAGCUCCUGUGUUGGAAAUUCAAACUCGGGCAGUGCUCAAGACAAUUUGCUAAUGGAGCUCCAAGAACGCUUCAAGGGAAGAAGAAAGCUCUCUACAACCGACGAGGAGGAAGAACAAGAUGACGAAAAAGCUGGUCGAUCAAAACAAGAAGAGGUUUCACAAUCCGGUCACCUGGACCCAGAAGUUUCACCACAAUUGCCCACAAUUGAAGUGGUACCGGGAACAAUCCCAACUCCGCCUCCUCCUCCACCUCCCCAAGAUCUUCUAAAAACUCAAAAGAUUCCGGUUUUGAUGUCGUAUAGGUUGUCAACUCCCGUCACUUUUCUAUCGUCCAAGGCAUCUUCUUCUCAAGCUGACGUUAUGGCAGAGCUAAAGGAAAAAAUGGCGAAGAGAAAAUCGAUGGCACAAGAAUCGCCAUCAUGUUCAUCAACGUCGACGUCAGCUCCGAAUGGCUCUUCAACUUCCCCAAUAUCUGAUCCAACGUCUCAAAGAGUUUACAAGAGAACGGCGGUGGCCAAGCUCCAGCUUCCACCGGUGCCAUCACCCUCUACAAAGCCAAAGCUGAUCUCGUCUGAUUCAUCAGAAAAAAAGGAGGUUGACAAACAUCCGGAGCAAACGGUGAAGGCUCGGGAUUCGAAAUUUCACACGGUCCCUGCCGAACGAAAUCGAAGGUUAACGAUGCCACUUCUCGCUUCUCACUCAACAAACACGGAGAAAUUGGUGAAGAAAACAAAUGAAGAAGAAGGAAAAUCUGUACCGACUCAGAGAAGUUUUAAGGACACCCUGGUAAUGUGGAAUAACAAAGCAGAGAAAACCAAACCAUUUGACCAGUCCCGGUUUUCGUUAGUUCUAAACCGGAGAGAAACAUCUCGGAGACCAGAUUCGACGGCCAGGACCACAACUGGAGAGCAAGGCAAGACAGCGAAGGAAGCAGUGACAACAAGAAAUGAGAGCUGA